AUGUCGAGUGGAAACCUCGUAGGCGGGGCCUUCGUGACGACCGUCGACGGGAGGAGAUGUACGGCAGUGCCGAAGCCAGGAGCGAACGUGGCGAACGCGGCCGCGAAUGCGAACCCGAACGGGAACGACGACUCGUUCAACACCCAGGCGGAAUCCACGGCCGCAGCACAGGACGCCGCAGAGACCGCUGCCGCGAUCACGGCUACUUCUGGUACGGGCUCCACGAGUACGACGAGCUCCUCCCUGACAACUGAUACCAGCAUAAUAUCCACAGCCUCCGUGGCAGAAGCUCAGCCGACUCAAGGCCGAGUAACAGCUCUCUCCGAUGUGAAUGACCCUGCGACGUCACCAACAGGGGAUGCAAUUCCCCUGUUUACCACCAUCGGGACGGCAUCCAACGACGCAGCGGAGCAAGCCACAGAUGUCGCCUCUUCAAGCAGCGGAGUCGUCAGUGCGGUACCGUCGUCGAACAACAAUGCGGUGCAGUCGACUGUCGCUGUGGCCGGCGGCGUGAUCGGCGGAGUGAUACUCAUCAGCGCCGUCGCCUUCUUCGUCUGGUGGUGGAGACGCAGGGUAAUGAAGAAGCGCCGGAGCACUCUCUUGACGCCUUUGACCAUCGACAACACUUUUGGACCCGGCGAAAAAGGCCCAUAUGUUAUCAAUCGCAGCAGCAUCGGGCCCACGCCCAUGUCAGAGAGGGUCAGAAGUGCAAUUGGUUAUAACGUCAUGAAGAUCCGCGGCCGGUUCAGCCGCAUUGUGACCCGGAGCAGCACCGACGCGCCCUCGGUGAAUAUGAAUCGUGGUAAUUCACAGUUCAUGGAACCCGUCAGUACUCACAGCCGUGCCAAUUCUUCGGCCCUGAGCGGCAGCGCCGCCGACGUCACGUCCAAAGACCGCUUCCUCGAUUGGUGGUCUCGACUGACCGCCGAUGUCAGUUUCAAUUGGCGGUUGAGGAACAAAAAGUCCAGCGCGAAUAACCCCUUCGGUACUGCGCGCGGCUCGAGCGAGAAGAAGGCUUCUCUUACCUCGCAGCCGGACUUCCUGACCCUUCUGGGCAUGGACGAACGCGAGAUAGACCGGGAAGCCCAACGCCGGCGGGCCAGCGUCUCUCGCAAGAAUGGCAGCGCUGGUUCUGCCGAACACUUCCUCGGAGGAUUGAACCUCACCUUCGGCAGCAACAGCAACGGAAACAGCAACAGCAACCCGGAUGAUCCUUUCAGUGACGCAAACGCUCUGUCACGCAGCUCGGCCAAGCCAGCGCCCCUGGUGGUAUCUCAGCCCAACAACCCGUUCUCGGACAGCAAUGCCAUCUCGGGCUCGGGCCCAACCGUGCCGAAGCCGUCAACCUACAUUGCAGACAUACGCCGAUCGCGCAACCAGUCCGUCAGCGGUAACCCAAACUGGCCGGCAAGCACACUGGGCCGUGAGAGCGUCGCCAGCGUCGAAUCAUACACCGUCCGGCGCAACAACAAGUUUCGCUCCGACCCGUUCGAUCUUGAGCGGCCGGAGCUGCUUGCCAGCGCCCGCCAGGCCAAGGCCAGCAUGUCCAGCAGCACGGCCGGCACGGCCGGGAGCAGCGACGGAGCGCGCACGAGCCGACUGAGCGGCGGCGUGGGCACGGGAGAGCUCCGCAGGCCGCCGGGCGCGCACGCGCGCUCCGACAGCUUCAGCAGCAAGUACUCGAGCGGAGUAAGCAUGGGCGACUGGAGCGACCCCGGCCCAGAUGUCGGGCCCGCCGUCUCGAGGAGGGACUCCCCCGAGCGGCGCGAGAGCCCUACUCAGGCCUGGCGCAGCCGGCUCGAGAAGGACGCCGCCAAGGGGAACCGGCCAAGGAGGGACAGCGGAGGGAGCGUGAACAGUGUCGGAAAGGCUAUGUGA